GUUUCAUGACAGUCGUCGUCUUCAAUGCUGGCGAAGGAUUCCGGUGACCGCGCAAUCGGUAUCCCACAGAUCGCCGCUGUCGAUUCGCUCGCGAUUUAAUUCCUCGGUCUUUACGCGAUUUCGCGAGGCCCCGAAGGUGCAGCAGCUGAGGGCAGGGGGCUCCACAUGGCAUAGGACCGCGACUACGUGCUGCGCUCUACCGCCUCCACAGCUCGCGCUGGCCUUCAAUCGAAGUUAGGCCCCAUCCCCAACCGUGGUCGUGGUCGUGGAAGUUGCUGGCCGCUUCGAAACUUUCGGCUGCCUCUCUCUGCUGGUCAUUGACAAUCUGCUCGAACGCAAUUGAGCUCAUGGCACGCCACCACGCGAUAGAGUAACAAGUGGACUUCUGGCCCGAAAGAAUGAGACGAGGAUCGAAGUCUAGAACAUUGCGAUUGGGUCUCUUGGGGCAGAGAGAGACUAGACUGGUGUCCACACGGAAUCGAGCACUUUGUCUCUCACCACUUUCCAGUCAUUUUGUUCUCUACUGCAUACUUUCUGCUUUCUUGGCAUGCAAUGCAAUGCCAAGCAUAGAGGAGAGUACCCACACAUUUACAAGAAUGUUCUUCUUUUCAAACAUUGGGCAGUAUUCAAAUCCGAGUAGAUUCCAUUUCUGGAUUUGCUUGGAACGAAUGAAUGUAUCUCAUGUGUUACUCAUCACUAGCACUUUAUCUUAGCCUCUCGUGAGUCAUCAUUGCUAGACAUGGGUUGCAUUGGGAUGGUGUCUUCUUGUUACGGAGAGAGAAAUGUAUAAUCUCAUUUUUAAAUAUUUGACAAAUGUAUGAGUCACCCGC